UGUGUUCGUAUCUCCGUCGCUUCUCUUCCACAAGUAUACGACCAGAAGUUAGGUUUUCGUCUUCUUCAAGCUCACUCACCUCCGCCGCUUCUCUGCUCUUCACGAUGUUGUUGUGUAGGAUUCGAAUUUUUCAGUGAAAUGACUCCGAAGACAUAGAUUGUGAAUGCGUAGAUCCAUUACCACUGGGUUUGCGUCGAUAGUGAAGAAGGGGUUUCAUCUUCAUAGACAUCGUCUUCAGAUAAGUAAUCACGGAGCUUCUCCGACCUUAAGCCUUUGUGGUUUCUGUUUCUGGAUUCGAGCUUUCUCUAACUACCGGAAGAUUUUGAGAAAUGGUCUUCACAAUCUUCAAUUUAACGAGGCUCUUGAUUUGUUCACUCGUAUGGUUCACUCUCGUCCUCUUCCUUCAAUUGUCGAUUUCACUAGGCUGUUGAGUGUUAUCGCAAAGAUGAAGAGGUUUGAUGUUGUGAUCUCUCUAUUCGAGCAAAUGCAAAUUCUGGGAAUUUCACCUGUUUUGUAUACCUGCAAUAUCGUUAUGAAUUGUGUUUGUCGAUCUUCUCAACCUUGUCGUGCUUCGUGUUUUCUUGGGAAGAUGAUGAAACUUGGUUUUGAACCUGACUUAGUCACGUUUACUUCUCUGCUUCAUGGAUUCUGUCAUUGGAAUAGAAUUGAGGAUGCUUUAGCUUUGUUUGAUCAGAUUGUUGGAAUGGGAUUUAGACCUAAUGUUGUGACAUACACUACAUUGAUUCACUGUCUUUGUAAAAACCGACAUUUGAACCACGCGGUGGAGAUUUUUAACCAGAUGGGGGAUAAUGGGAUUAGACCGAAUGUUGUUACCUACAACUCUCUUGUGAGCGGUCUUUGCGAGAUUGGUAGAUGGAGUGAUGCAGCUUGGCUUCUGAGGGAUAUGAUGAAGAGGGGAAUUCAACCUAAUGUCAUCACUUUCACUGCUUUGAUCGAUGCGUUUGUGAAAGUAGGGAAGAUCAUGGAGGCUAAAGAACUGUACAAGGUGAUGAUCCAAAUGUCUGUAUAUCCUGAUGUUUUCACUUACACUGCACUGAUCAAUGGGCUUUGCACGUACGGUCGCCUAGAUGAGGCUAGGCAAAUGUUUUAUUUGAUGGAAAGCAAUGGCUACUACCCAAAUGAAGUGACUUAUACUACUCUCAUACAUGGAUUUUGCAAGUCUAAGAGGGUAGAGGACGGGACGAAAAUCUUCUAUGAGAUGUCCCAGAAAGGAUUAGUUGCAAACACAAUCACUUACACCGUUCUUAUCCAGGGUUAUUGUCUGGUGGGCAGGCCCGAUGUUGCCCAAGAAGUUUUCAAUCAGAUGGGUUCUCGCCGUGCGCCUCCGGAUAUUAGGACCUACAACGUUUUGUUAGAUGGUCUUUGUUAUAAUGGGUACGUAGAAAAGGCAUUGAUGAUAUUCAAAUACAUGCGGAAGAGGGAGAUGGAUAUUAAUAUUGUUACAUAUACUAUCAUUAUCCAAGGGAUGUGCAAGGUUGGUAAGGUGGAAGAUGCUUUUGAUUUAUUUUGUAGCCUUUUCUCCAAAGGAAUGAAGCCUAAUGUUAUAACCUACACCACAAUGAUAUCGGGAUUUUGUAGGCGAGGCUUUAUUCAUGAAGCUGAUGCACUGUUUAAGAAAAUGAAAGAAGAUGGGUUCUUACCAAAUGAAAGCGUGUAUGAGUAGGUGCCUCCGUAAGCUGAACUCAUGAGGAGUUCAGGUUAGUACGACGCUUUUGAUCUCAAGCAUAUGAUGGUACAGCUGCAGUCUGGGGAGAGGAAACACAGGUGCAAUAAAGAGUGUUGCCAUACCUCGUCAGCUACAUAGGUUCCGUAAUGAUUCAUUUACAAGGAGAUGUCAUCUUGACAGGUAUUUGUUUGUUGUUGAAGGUUCUUUCCAUCUUUGAGAUUCCGCAUCGAACCAAAGUUGUAGAUUAGAUUACGGAAGUGUAUAUAGUAUUCUUAAGAAAGUUGUUGAAUGUAUAGACAGAGGACCUGUAAUGAUUGGUUAGGAGAUACGUUCGGGAAUUAACCGAUGCUGCCCUUGUUCUAAAGCCGUUGAGCUAGUGUCUGUCAAAUGAACUGUUGUAAGGGCUAAGAGGAUUUAUCAUUUGUGACGAAAUUGUGUUGAACUAA